AUUCAGUUCAACAAUCUAUCUGCCUAAUCCCUUAUAAGAAGCAUAGCAGUGUCUAUCAGCUUCAUUUUCUACUGUUCAAUCAAACUAAGUUUGAACUCUUCUUCCCUUCCGUUUUCAUGAUAUUUUUGGCGAAAAUUGUGCUGGAAAUGAUCGAAAGAAUGGGAAGAUUGAUGGCCCGGCAACGGCAUUGGUGGAAUCAUUACUUGAUUCUGGGAGUGGCUCUGCAGUUAUUCUUUUUGGUUGGCUGUUCCCAGAGUUUGCAUAGUAAAAAGCUUAUGGAAGACAAUAAUCAAGUUGAUUUGUCAUCUCCGGCUGUGCAAUUGCUUCGACAGGAUCAGCAUGUUGUAAUGAGUAAUGGAUUAGUCAGCAUAACACUGACAGUACCAGGUGGUGCAAUCACCAGUGUGACUUACAAAGGGAGUGACAAUUUGCUCGACACACAAGAUCGUAGAGAAGAUGACAGAGGGCACUGGAAUAUUUUUUGGAGCAAGGUACCAGAAGGUGGCACAUUGGUUGACAACUUAGAAGGAACAAGUUACAAGAUCAUAGUAGAAAACGAAAAUCAAAUAGAAAUUUCAUUUACCAGAAUAUGGACUUCUAAUAGUUCAAACGCUCCUUUAAACGUUGAUAAAAGAUAUGUAAUGCUGCGCGGCUCGCCUGGAUUCUAUUCAUAUGCUGUGCUCGAACGUUUAAAGGGAUGGCCCGCAUUUGACAUCGAAGGAGGAAGAAUUGUCUUCAAGCUUCGGAAAGACAAGUUUCACUACAUGGCUAUGUCAAAUGAGAGGCAAAGGAUUAUGCCAACAUCUGGUGAUCGUCUUACUGGCAAGAUUCUUGAUUAUAAGGAAGCUGUCCUCUUAACAAAUCCAACCAAUCCCGAGUUCAAAGGGGAGGUGGAUGAUAAGUACUUCUACUCAUGUGACAACCAAGACAGCCAAGUUCAUGGGUGGAUAAGCAGUGAUCCUCACAUGGGUUUCUGGAUGAUAACACCCAGCAAUGAGUUUCGUACAGGCGGACCUAAUAAACAAGAUCUUACUUCUCAUGUUGGUCCAACUGUGCUUGCUGUAUUUAUGAGCAGACAUUACGUUGGAAAAGAUAUAGAUCUCAAAUUUCAGACUGAAGAGUAUUGGAAAAAGGUUCUUGGCCCAGUUUUCGUUUAUCUAAACACAAAUUCUUCUACAAAUUCCGAUCCUUCUCUCCUCUGGAACAAUGCCAAACAAAGGAUGCAAAAGGAGAUAGAAAACUGGCCAUAUAGCUUCCCACUUUCAGAAGACUUUGUUAAAGCCAAUAAAAGGGGAACUGUAAGCGGCCAAUUAUUUGUUGAUGACUGGUACAAGAAUAAGCAUGUCAUGCCUGGAGCCUCAGCUUAUGUUGGAUUGGCUUCACCAGGAGCAACUGGGUCAUGGCAGUUUCAAAGCAAGGGUUAUCAAUUUUGGACGCAAACAAAUCAUAACGGGAGUUUCUUGAUUAAAAAUGUGAUACCUGGAACCUACAACUUGUUUGCAUGGGUUUUCGGAACCCUUGGGGAUUACAAAUAUUCGUCUAACAUCACUAUCUACCCAGGAUCUAAUGUUAAGGCAAGAAAUGUGGUUUUUAAGGCUCCAAGAAAAGGUCCAACUUUAUGGGAGAUUGGAAUUCCUGAUCGCUCAGCUGCUGAGUUUUUUAUUCCAGAUCCUAGCCCGGAAUUCAAGAUACAUAAAUACAGAGUUGAAAUUGAAAAGUUUCGACAGUAUGGACUUUGGACUCGUUAUCAAGAUUUGUAUCCACAAAAUGAUCUAGUUUUCACAAUUGGCACCAGUAAUUAUACAAAAGAUUGGUUUUUUGCACAUGUUACAAGGAAAGUGAGAAAUGAUGUGUUCAUACCAACAAUAUGGCAAAUUUUGUUUGACCUCAAAAAUGUCUCUCAAGGGGCAAAUUACACUCUACAAUUGGCGCUUGCAUCCGCAAAUAAUGCUGAGUUACAAGUGCGUCUCAAUAAUCGAAAAUCACCUCCAGAUUUCACCACAGGGGUGAUAGGCAAGGACAAUGCACUAGCAAGGCAUGGCGUUCGUGGAUCGUACCAUUUUUACAGUAUUGAUGUAGCAGGGAGUAAACUUGUAGUUGGGAGAAAUAUAAUAUAUUUAACACAAGUAAGAAGUGAAGGGCCAUUCACUGAAGUCAUGUAUGAUUAUAUCAGUUUAGAAGGUCCUGCAUAAAUGGAUUCACAUA